AGGAGAAAACCAAGCGGCUCAAGGCUGAAGGACCACGUCUGCGAUCUCCAAUACAUCCAAGGCGGCGCAGAAACAGCUUUGAAUUCCUGCCACCAAACAUGUCAGAGCUGAGGGUUGUUCUGCUGGGGAACAGCUGGUCUCAGAGGAGUUCAGUGGGGAACUUCAUACUGGGAAAGACUGAGUUCAACACAGAGGAAGAAGCAGACUGCUGUCAGAGAGUCAGAGGACAGGUGGAGGAGAAAGAAAUAGUUCUCAUCAACACCCCAGAUCUGCUGCUUCCUGACAUCUCUGAACACAAACUGACAGAACAUGUAGAAACCUGUGUGAGACUCUGUGAUCCUGGACCUCAUGUGUUCCUGCUGGUUCUACAGCCUGAAGACUUCACUGAGGAACAGAAGGAGAGGCUCUGCAGAGUCCUUCAACUCUUCAGUGAUCAAUCAUUUGAUCAUUCACUGGUUCUGAUAUCAACACCCAGAGAGGAGAGGGCAGGCUUCAUGCAGCAGUACAGGCAGCAUCCACCAUUAAAACACAUGAUCAGAGAAUGCAGAUACAGAUAUCUGUGGAGGAAGGAUCUUGAACUUCCAGAGCUGUUAACACGGUUGGGUCAGAUUGUGGCAGAGAACAAUGGAGAACAUCUGGCUUUGAGUUCACCAGGACCAUCAGUGGACUGAAGUGAAUCAGACUGAAGUGAACAACAAGAGAACAGCUGACUUAUUGUAGCUGCCUUCAGCCUCCUGCAGCUCCUGAUCAUCUCUGCUGAUCUUCAUUGAUCAGUAGCAGCUGUAGUUUUCUAUCCUGUGUGUUCACAGACUAAACAGAGUAAGAUCUCAGAUACUGUGUAUAAGUUUGUUUCAUGAUGUUUGGAUUUGGAUGUUUUGGGUCUUUUUGUACAGUCAGCAGAUUGUUUAGUGUAACAGUGAUUCUGAUGCCAAUUAAUACUUAUGAGGGAUCAGUGUCUGCUGGGGAUCUUUAAACUUUUGUAUUUAGCAAUAAUUGAUUUUCAUAGAACAAAGGAGUAUGUGUAACUUUUAUGGACAUUUUAAAGAUGGAUUUUGUGUAUAAAAAUAAGUGUAAGAUUUUAAAAUGUUUUAAGUGUUUUAAUAAAGUACAGUCAUUUAUAUUCAUUA